AGCCUGGACGAUGGUGUAGCAGAACUGCCAGUCGUAUUUUGAAUGUAAAGAUGAAGAAAGAACAGAUACUCAAUUGUCAGUUCUCUUCCUGGUAUCCUCGUUUCAAGAGGCAGACGAUCCGCAGUGUCAUUCUUCCAAUACCACAGAAUGUAAAGGAUUACUUGCUAGACGAUGGAACCCUGGUGGUUUCUGGCAGAGAAGAUCCCCAAACAAUAACCCAAGAAGAUGGUGGCGAUGAAGAGGAGGCAGAAGAAGCUGUGUGGUCUGAUGAUGAAAAUACUGCAACGCUCACAGCACCAGAAUUUCCUGAAUUUUCCCUUAAAGUUGAAGAGGCGAUCCAUUCCUUGGGAGGGAAUGUUUUUCCAAAGCUUAACUGGAGUGCUCCAAGGGAUGCCUACUGGAUCGCCAUGAAUAAUUCCCUGAAAUGCAACACCCUCAGCGAUAUCUUCCUGCUUUUCAAGAGUUCGGAUUUCAUCACGCGUGACUUCACUCAGCCGUUUAUCCAUUGCAACGAUGAUUCCCCUGACCCUUCUUUGGAUUAUGAACUUGUCCUCCGAAAAUGGUGUGAAUUGAUUCCGGGGGCAGAAUUCAGGUGCUUUGUGAAGGAAAACAAACUUAUUGGUAUAUCUCAGCGAGACUACACUCAGUACUAUGAACACAUCUCUAAACAGAAAGAAGAGAUCUGUAGAUGCAUACAGGAUUUUUUCAAUAAACACAUACAGUACAAAUUUUUGGAUGAAGAUUUUGUAUUUGAUGUCUACAAGGACAGUAUGGGCAGAGUGUGGCUCAUUGAUUUUAAUCCAUUUGGGGAAGUGACGGAUUCUCUACUGUUCACCUGGGAAGAAAUAAGAUCCGGAAACAGUUUGAAAAGUGACCAGACCGAAGGUGCAGCCAUGGAAGAGGACUCUCCAUCGUUCCGUUGCACAAACAGCAACCUCACGGUCCAGCCAAGUCCGUAUCUGAGCUACCGGUUGCCCAAAGAUUUUGUUGAUCUUUCCACGGGAGAAGAUGUUCACAAAUUAAUUGACCUGCUCAAACUGAAAAGAAAUCAGCCAGACGAUGAGGAACCCUGAAGAAGCGGAUGAAAUGGAAAAAAGGAAAGGCGGCCGUCCCCCCAAAAAUAGCAUUUUAACUGUAGCAGUUCUGACUAAGAACUUCUUUGUCACAGAAGAAAAGCGAUUGCUGACAUUGCAUAAUCGUUUAAUGGAAUAAAGAUGCUUUCACCGCACUAGGCAAA